AUGGACCUUGGAUCCAAGUUUCACGGGUUCGUCAGUUCGUUUCUUCGGGGCAGGCGCGCCACUCUAAAGGUGGGCGAGGUAAAGUCUGAUCCCUUCGAGCUGGGGGCAAGGGGCACCCCUGAGGGGUCGGUCAUCUCGCCACUACUCUUCAACGUCGCCAUUCGCGGUCUCUCAGCCCGUCUGUCCGAAGUGGACGGCGUUAAUCACGCUCUUCACACCAACGACAUCACGGUGUGGUGCGAUGGCGGCAGUGAAGGCAGAGUCGAGGAGUCCCUACAGGCGGCCCUGAGCUGCACGGAGGAUUUCUUGGCGGGAGCGGGACUCCAGCUCUCCCCGUCCAAGUCCGAACUCUUUUUGUAUCGACCGACCAGGAGGGGGCGCAUCCCCAAGGGUCAGGUGCCUCUCGAAAAGGUCGACAUUUCGAUUCGCAUGGCCAUCGGGCAGGUCAUUCCCAAGGUUGUCGAGGCGCAGCAGAUAGCCCAGGUCGUCAGGCUCUCUUCAUCGCCUGCGGGGAGGCGGAUCUUGGAGGCGCUGGGCUGCAAUCUCACUGUCGUCAGGAAGAGGCGGAGCGCGCUCGACACGGAGACGCGGGAGGCCAUCAGGGUCUCGCCGUUCCCGCGCAACGUGUACCCGCAGCACAAUUGUCUAAAAGGCGUGUCCCUGACAGUCGAGGAACUUAAUAUCCCAGAAGAAGAAAUACUGAUAGCGACGUGGGAGGCAGGCGACCUUGUGAAAAAGGUUUUGGAUGCUGAUACCUUUUUGAAUCAUCUUCGGGUUCUAGUGGCAAAGUGGAUCGUGCACAACCACAUCAAGAAGACACAAGGCAAAGCUAUCUACGAGGAAAAGCAAUGUACACAGCGUGGGAGCAUUGUAUUCCACUUUGAUUUUGCCGAAAACUGGACUGUCGUGCUUCCUGACGAAGUUCAGGCAUACCACUGGAAAAAGCAGCAAGUAUCCGUGUUUACAUGCGUGGUAACAACGAAAAAAUCUACGGAGAGUUUCGCUAUUGUUAGUGACGACUUGAACCACGACUCCGCUCACGCCUGCUUGGCUCUAAAAAAAGCGACAGAAUGGGUGGACGAUAACCUGCCGGUGUACUCCAAGGUGACGUAUGUGAGUGAUGGAGCCGCCAGUCAUUUCAAAAAUAGAUACCGCCUUUACGAGUUCGGAAAGAGCGAUUGUCCCAAUACCCAAUGGAUAUUCUCAGCAACUGGACACGGGAAAAACACGUGCGACGGAGUUGGAGGACUUGUCAAGCAUCAAGCAAUGCUCAACAACUUGAGAACAAACCCUGAAAGUGCAAUUCGGGCAGCCAGAGACUUUGUAACAAUUUUAACAGAAAAACUGAAAGGUGCGCAUCUAAUACAUCUUGAAGAAAAAGAAGUUGUUGCCUUCCGCGACUUAAAGAAGGAUGAGUGGAUGAAAGUGCCCGCCUUCCAUGGCAUUCAGUCUUGGCAUGCCUGGCAGCUAUCCAGGUCAACGGAAGCAUCUCCUGAAUUGUACGUGGCACGCAUAGCCGGGUCUGCAUGGAAGAAACUAUGUGUACAGGAAUGAAGGAAAUCAGCGUUCUUGAAUCAUUCGAAUAAACGAUUGCAGCCCAGAAACAAAUUCUGUUUUAAUGAAGCGGUUCUCCAUUACCUUCACAAUUUUUUUCAUUACGCUAAAGAUUAUUUGGAAUACAGUUGCUUGCUUAUUGAAUUUUAUCCUAUUUUUGGGUUAUCAAAGCUGGGUAUCGAUUUCUG